GUUAGCAUAGAGUUCAGUGGUUCUGCCCACGGUAUUCUAUAUACCGUGGUUCUGCCCUGCUCUUCUGUUCUGUUUUGACAUUGAUUUUUGGUUUUUCAAAUAUUAAAUUCUUAGGAUAAAUAUAGGUUUUGAAUACAGAGAUUAUCAAAUUUAAAAACUUUUGUUCAAUAUGCUUUAAUAAUUUGAGUAAUUGCAUAAAAAUGGUUCAAAAAACUACAGUUUUGUUUACAAGUCUUGUACUGGUUAACUAACAUAACCUAUUUUUUAUUGUUUUGAUUUAAAGAUUUAGGCUAAUUUUAAAUUGAAAUGUCUCUUCGCAAGUUAUAUUCUCCAUCAAUCAGAUAUUUUAUGAAUAGAUCAAAAUCAACUGCAUCUCUUAUAAAUGAUAGUUUUUAUCAAAAAGAAAAAAAAUACAACUAUGAAAAAGAAUCAACUAGUGAAACAUAUUUUCAAUUUAGACUUAAGCAUAUUUAUUUGACAUUUGCUGCCGCAGCAGGAGCUACUUUAUUGUGGAACAAAAAAGAACAUUUUCCCAAAGUUUUACCAAGUGUUGAGGCAGCAGUUCCAAAUCGUUCUGAUGGAAACAGAUACAAAUUCAAUUUUAUCGCAGAUGUUGUUGAAAAAACAGCUUCUGCAGUAGUUUAUAUUGGAAUUGAAGAUGACCUAAGAUCAGACUUCUUUACUGGUAAGCCAGUAACAUUGUCCAAUGGAUCUGGAUUCAUCAUAUCAGAGGAUGGAUUAAUUCUCACCAAUGCGCAUGUUCUUGAAACCAGACGACGCACAAGAGUUAUUGUAAAGCUGCAUGAUGGAUCUUCGUUUCCAGCGACUGUCGAGAGUAUGGAUAUGAAAUCUGACUUGGCUACAAUAAGAAUUAAAUGUAAUAAAAAGCUGCCAACGAUAAAACUUGGAUCGUCACAUGAGUUGCGGCCUGGGGAGUUUGUGAUAGCGAUUGGCAGCCCAUUGACGCUGGCCAACACAGUGACUGCCGGCGUGGUCAGCACAGUGCACCGCACAGGCCCUGAACUCGGCUUGCGAGGAUCGUCCAUGGACUACAUACAGACGGAUGCUGCCAUCACUUUUGGUAACUCUGGAGGACCGCUCGUGAAUUUAGAUGGAGAGGCUAUCGGAAUAAAUUCUAUGAAAGUUGCAGCUGGAAUUUCGUUUGCUAUUCCAAUCGACUAUGCAAAAGAAUUUCUUAAGAAAGCUGAAGCUCAAAAUAAAAGAAAAGGAAAUAAAUUGGACAUCAAUAGACCCGAUGGCUUGCCGAGAAAGUAUUUAGGAAUAACCAUGUUGACUCUAACAGCAGAAAUCAUAAGGGAGUUACAAAUGCGUAACCAUCGGAUCCCACAUGAUCUCACAUUUGGUGUUCUUGUAUGGACCGUAGCAGUAGGAUCUCCAGCUCAUGUAAGCGGUCUUCAACCUGGAGACAUAGUGACACACAUCAAUGGACAAGUGAUUGAAAGCGCAACCACUGUUUACAAAAUAUUAGAGAAUAUUAGCACUUUGAACAUCACUGUUCUAAGAGGACAAUCACGGCUUCAGAUAAAUGUCAAAGCAGAGGAUAAUUAGAUAAAAGAUUUGUUUUUAAUAAUUGUUUUAUCUGGAAUGUUUAUGAAAUAUUUCACAAUUCGUUUGUUGAAUAAAAUUUAUUGCUUAAUAUU